AUGAGCCCUGAGGAAAUCUUUUGCACAGUGAAGACUGAAGAUCACUACAUCCCCUGGACACAGAAUCGGCUGAGUGCAAAACUAAAGUAUUUUCCAACUCCUGAAAAAAACAUCAUCAUCACCAUCAACAACAACAACAACAACAAAAACGGGGCUUUCCCGAGCGACCCUGAGAUAUCCGGAGAAGAUAAUCUGACAGUGGGUGUAAAGCAGACGGUCACCUGUACGGCUCGGAACCUAUACCCUGAUGAGGUGUCAGUCGAGUGGGUGCACGGAAACAUGAGCGUUGAAGGCCGCAACUUCAUACAAAAAGAGCAGGCAGGAACAUCGACAGUCUCUUCCAAAUACAUAUUUACUCCCACUGCUCUGGACAACGGAGGAAACAUUACUUACUACCUCAGGAAUAUAAUUAUAUCGGGGGAACAAAAUUUGACGAUUGGAAAGACACUGUCCCUAACCUGCAACUCAGAUGGAAACCCACUUCCUGUCCCAGUGUGGACAAAAGCUGGGAAGGUUUUAGACAGCACCAAUAUAAGCACAAUUGUUAUUACGAACAUCACCUGGUCUCAUGCAGGUCAAUAUGACUGUGAGGCAAACAACACUGCUGGGAGUGUGAAAUCCAGUGUAACAGUGAUCAUUCAAGGCCCUCCCGGUGGUACACAAGUGAGCGUCUCCCCGUCUGCGGAGAUGCUGAGUGGCCAGAAUGUGACCAUCAGCUGCACAGCUCUCAGCUUUCCACCUGCCACCUUCACCUUGUUCAGGCAGGGCCACAGACAACCGCUGCAGUCUGGAGAUGGCACGUUCCACCUGCUUCACCUCACACAUGAGGACACAGGGCUCUACCUGAUCAACAUCACCAACCACUUGGGCUAUGUCAUGGAGACAUUCCAGCUAAGCGUUGCAAGCUCACCUGUCCUGCCUGCAGCUGUCCUUCCUACAGUGGGUUCAGCAUCACUUUUGACUGCUUUGGUACUGCUGCUUCGGUUUUUGAGAUCAAGAAAACAUUCAAAUGACAUCGGCAAUGGCAUGGUGGACAUAGUGGAGAAUGCACUGUGAUCAAGUCGUAUGGAGUUGUAUGGGAUGAUACAACACAUAAUACAGUGCUCCAUUAGUGGAAUGACUGCUGACACUUUCUGGAAUAAUUAAGGUGACUUGUUUUAUUUUCUCAUAGCCAGCAUUGCUACAGGAUUCCCUGAUACUACUCUUGGUUUUGUCGUGGAGUCAAUACUCCAGGCCAAGAUUCCAAGCAGGUGGUUUAGUGGCAGAUCUAGGUAAGAUAACCCAGCGAUAGUUGUAAACCUGAUAAUAGAAUAGCCCAAGGGCUUCAAUCUCUAAACUUAACAAAGCCAAAGGGCUGUUUUAUUAGGAGGUUACCACUUCCGCUGAAUUUACUUACCCAGGUUUGUUAUUUAACCACCUACUGAAAUACACCCCUGAUUUACAUCAAAGGCUUUUUACAACAAAUUGCAGUGUGAAGUGGAUUGGUUGGGGCUAGAUAUGGGUCUUCAAAGAUGGCAUUGCCAUUCUUCUCUGGAUUCAAAUUAACGAUAAAGAUAUAUUCUAGAGAUUA